AUGUUCUCCCUUGCUACCACCACCCUCUUCGCCCUCCUCGCCCUCGCGGCACCUUCUCUCGCCGCCACCCCCUCGGCCGACAAGAAGUACACCAUCUCCCCAAAGUCCCACCCCGAACUCUGCGUCGCCCCAGAGUACGAGCACGAAGGCGCGCUUCUUGUUCUCAAGAAGUGCGACGACAACUCGGACAUUGUCUGGCAAUGGCAAGGCGGGAACCAGUGGAAGAACACCGCCGCCAACAUGGUGAUGGAUGUCAAGGACGGAGGCGCGUGGAACGGGAACAAGAUCCAGGUCUGGACCGGUUACGGGUACAACACCAACCAGCAAUUCAUCCUCCCCAACGAGCAGAUGGAAUGGGCCGGCCACAACCUCUGCCUCGACCUCACGGACGGGCGCGGAGAGGCCGGCACCACCCUCCAGCUCUGGCAGUGCCUCAGCUACAACGACAACCAGAAGUGGGAGUUUGUCGACGCCGAGGAAAUUGAGGAAUGCGCGGAUGGUCAUGACUCUGCAGGUUACGUCCCCGUCUCAUCCGCCAAGGCAUCGGCCACCCUCUCUGCAUCCGCCUCGGCACCUACCGUCAGCACCAACGGCACCGCCAGCACCAACGGAACUGCCAACGCUACCGCCACCGACCUCGCAUCGCCCGCUGGCGCCAGCGAAAUCGGAAACGGCUUCCUGGCCGGCGGUGGCACUCGCAAGUCCAAGUCUGCCUCGGCCACCGGGUCUGCGUCUUCCGCUUGGUCCGCUUCCACCACCGCCUGGUCCGCCUCAGCUUCGGCCGCUGCCACCUCGGCUGCUGCCUACCCCGGCAGCAAUUCGGGCUUCCUCAAGACCAAGGGCACCAAGGUCGUCGACUCCAGCGGCAAGGAGAUCGUCCUCAAGGGCGUCAACCUCGGUGGCUGGCUCGUCUUUGAGGACUGGAUGUGCGGUAUCACCGACUACUCGGGCAACGCGGACCGGUUCCCCCAGUGGACACUCGAGCAGCGUUUCGGCGAGAAGCAGACCAAGGAGCUCAUGAACAUGUGGAUGGACAACUGGCUCGUCGCGGCCGACUUUGACAAGGUCAAGUCGCUCGGCUUCAACGUUGUCCGUCUGCCGUUCUCGUACCGCAACUUCCAGAACAUGGACGGGAGCUGGUCGGACGAUGGGUUUACCCGUCUCGACUGGGCUUUCAACCAGGCCAAGCGCGUCGGCGUCUACGUCAUCCCCGUCUUCCACAUCUGGGACACGCAGAAGCAGCGCUACAGCAUGAUCUCCGAGGACAACUGGGAUGGACAGCAGUCCCGCCAGCGCGCCGGCGAGCUCUGGAAGAAGAUUGCCUCGCGCUACGCCAACGAGGGUGUCAUUGCCGCUUGGGACCUCAUCAACGAGCCCACUGGCAGUGCCAACGACAACUUGCAGAAGGACCUGUACAACGCUGUCCGCUCUGUUGACAACAACCACAUCCUCAUCCAAGCUUCCAUCGGUACCAACCCCUCGCAGUACGGCUGGACCAACAUCAUGUACACCAUGCACGAGUACCUCAUGAUGGGCGGUGACUACAACAACAACGUCGGCGCGUACGCCAACGGCCCCCAGGCCUCGAUCAACCAGUUCAACGGCUUCAACAUCCCCACCUACGUCGGCGAGUUCAUGGCCGACAGCGCGACCCUCGACUACAUGCUCCAGAACCUCAACAACGCCGGCGUCUGGUGGUCCUCCUGGACACUCAAGACUGUCCAGAUGGACCGCUGGGGACUGUUCAACUUUGGCACCGGGAUGAGCGUCGACGUCAGCAACGACUCGUACGACACCAUCAAGGGCAAAUGGUCCAACAUGGGCGGUCUUACCCGUCAGGGCGUGGCGGACCAGUACCAAAAGUACGCCCAGAUGUGGAAGAGGGAUACCGUCCCCAGCCCUCGGGUUGGGUCGGAAGCGGCGUCGUUGAAGCGGAGUAGCGGGCACCACGCCGGUCGCUCAAGGCGGGCGUUGGCGCACGGCGGGAUUGGCAAAUUCUAG